AUGAAUAUUGAAAGUGGUGAAGAGAAUCAGGGGAAUGAGGUUGAUGGGUGUUAUCAAGCUUCAAUAGUGAGUGGGUAUUAUUCUAGCAUUGAUAGGCUAUUUGAAUCAUACCUUUGUUAUGCCAGGGAGAAAGCAUUGUGUGAUAAGGUUAAGAAAGAAUUCUUUGCUGAUUUUAAAUCCAAAAAUAUAUUUGUUAAGUUCAUUUCAGACUUUCAUUGGGAGAAGCAAUUUCAAGAGGCAUACACUACAAGUAUGUUUAAGCAAGUUCAGUUGGAGAUUAAAUGGAUGUGGUAUUGCCAUGUACAUCAACCUACUGAAGCAGAAGAUGGUAAUGAAGGUGAUGAAGAGAUUGUGGAGGUAAUUACCUUGAAAGACAUUAGAAGAAUUAAUGAGAUGUAUUCGCUAAGGAGAUGGAGGAAAGAUGUGCAUCAUAGGCACAACAAGAUAUUUUUUGAUGCAGGGUACCAUCAUAUGACGGAAGAAUAUAAAAAGCCUAAGAAAAUUGAAAAGAUCUUUAAUGAAGCUGUAGAUAUGGCAAUGGAAAGUGUAGCAAGACUAAAACAUAUAGAGGCAUGUCUUGAGACUAUGAAGUUAGAUUUUGUCAAUUGGGAUGGUGGGGCUAAUGAAUCAAAUCACAACAUAGAUGUUGAUGCAAGGAAUGAUGAAUAUGGAAUUGUACAAACUGAAACAAGGGUUAUUAGAAAUCCAACUAUUGUAUCAACUCGAGGGCGUCCACGGGCUAAUCGCUUUAGUUCUAGUUUUCAAAGAAUACUACAUCAAAACUCUAAUCGGGGUACUCAUGGCCAUAGUCGAGGCAGAGGGCAUGCUUGUGGUCAUGGAACAACUUCAAAUAAUGCAUCAAAUGUUGGUAUAAGGAAUUUUGAUCUUAAAAUUGAAGAUGGAUUGUUUGAUUCUUCUAGUCAAGCUACCAAGAAUUGGAUCAGUCUUUAA